AUGGCGACCCCCAAACAAAGCAACACCAUCCUCCUCUUCCUCACAACCAUCCUCUCCCUCCUCCACGCGGCCAGCACGCAAAAAACCCCAAAUGAAAACCUCGUCCUCGCCGACUGCGGCAUCGGCCUCGGCGUCAACGGCGGCUCCACCUCGCGCGAAAUGAUCUACUACCCCGGCGACGUCUGGACCGGCAACGGGGCCGCCACCAACAGACCGACAAUGAUGGUCAACGUCCCCUGGAGCGGAUCGUACCCGUGGGGCCAAAAGGGGGGCGUGUCGGCGCGCAUGCCCAACGGUGACGUCUUUACCGUUCACAUCAACCCGGCCAUCAGGGACCCCGUUGCCGCGGGCGACGCCUGGCAUAUGUACGAGAUGCAUCUGCCGCUCAAGUGUUAUUCUUAUCAUGUGGAUAACGUGUACAAGCUGGAUGAUGGGAAGUGGUGUUCCAGUGCGUAUGUGUGUAAUCAUCGGGGCACGCCCACGCCGCAUGUGCGGCCGGCUCCCGCGCCGGGGCCGGGGCCUGCGCCCGUGAAUCCGGGUCCGCCUUCUGGGGGUGCGAUUUGUGAUGUGUUGAAUAAUUGA